AUGUUCCACAUUGAGCACCAAGCCAAUAUAUCUAUUGCUGGCGCAUUCUUGGUGCCAUACUGCAUCAUGCUGGUGGUGGGAGGUAUCCCGCUUUUCUACAUGGAGUUGGCGUUGGGUCAGUUCCAUCGAAAAGGCGCCAUCACCUGCUGGGGGAGGCUAGUGCCUCUGUUUAAAGGUAUUGGUUAUGCAGUGGUUCUGAUAGCAUUCUACGUGGACUUCUAUUAUAAUGUCAUUAUCGCUUGGGCGCUCCGCUUCUUCUUCGCUUCUUUCACCACCAUGCUACCCUGGACUAAUUGUAACAACGAGUGGAAUACACCCUCUUGCAGAGAUUUUGGUAUGGAGGCUAAUAGGUCUCGAAUACGUAAUAACAGCUCUGCUGCAUACCCUGCAUUACAUCAAGCCACGCCAUUUACUUCCCCUGCCUCGGAGUACUUCAACCGAGCGAUCUUAGAGCUGCAGGGAAGCAAGGGUCUGCACGACUUGGGAUCCAUAAAAUGGGACAUGGCUCUGUGCUUGCUUGCUGUCUACAUCAUCUGUUACUUUUCCUUGUGGAAAGGCAUCAGCACUUCUGGCAAAGUGGUCUGGUUUACGGCUCUUUUUCCAUACGCAGUACUCCUGAUUCUUUUGGUUCGUGGUAUAACACUCCCUGGCUCUGCUACCGGCAUUCAAUACUAUCUUAGUCCUAACUUUGAAGCUAUAACACAACCUCAGGUUUGGGUGGACGCAGCUACUCAAGUUUUCUUUUCUCUGGGCCCUGGAUUCGGAGUGCUCUUGGCCUAUGCGUCUUACAAUAAGUACCAUAACAACGUGUAUAAAGACGCCAUACUUACAAGUGUAAUCAAUUCUGCAACAUCCUUCGUGGCCGGUUUUGUGAUCUUUAGCGUGCUUGGCUACAUGGCACAUACUUCAGGCAAACAGGUCCAAGACGUUGCUACUGAAGGUCCAGGACUUGUAUUUGUAGUGUACCCAGCAGCUAUCGCCACUAUGCCAGGAUCCACGUUUUGGGCGCUAAUUUUCUUCAUGAUGCUGCUGACACUUGGUUUGGAUAGUUCGUUUGGGGGUUCUGAAGCUAUUAUAACAGCUUUAAGCGACGAGUUUCCUCCAAUUGGUCGGCACCGGGAGUUGUUUGUGGCGUGCUUGUUCACGCUUUACUUCUUCGUUGGAUUGGCUUCAUGCACCAAGGGCGGUUUCUACUUCUUCCAAUUGCUUGAUAGGUAUGCUGCUGGGUAUUCUAUACUGAUCGCUGUAUUCUUCGAGGCUAUUGCUGUUUCUUGGAUCUAUGGUACUGAACGUUUCUGUGAGGACAUACGCGAUAUGAUCGGUUUCCGGCCUGGUCUUUACUGGCGAGUUUGCUGGCGUUUUGCAGCCCCUGCUUUCUUACUCUUUAUAACGGUUUACGGUUUAUUGGACUACGAACCUUUGCAAUACGAGGAUUAUGUGUAUCCUGGCUGGGCGAAUGCUCUUGGAUGGGCUAUAGCUGGAUCCAGUGUUCUCUGUAUACCCACUGUCGCUAUAUUCAAGCUGCUAACCACUAAAGGAACAUUUUUGGAGCGUCUACGUAUCCUGACCACACCAUACGCUGAUACGGAAGGAAACGGCACCGUUCACAAUGGCAUGGUUGUCUCGGAGAGCGGCGGAGUCAGGUUGGCAUCUGCAGUGCACACCCCCACAACCCCACAGCAGCCUCCAGCUGCCACUCCAACUCUCGCUUCAGCCCCUGCACUCGUCUGA